UCACCAUCCAUCCCCGACGCAAAGGACACGCACGCAUGCAAGUAUCGCGACGCCGCGUCUUCAAACAAAGGAGUCUUUUUACUUAAUCAUCAUAACCUGCGUCACUCCUUCUUCUGCAGCUCACGCCUUUCCCUCAUCCCCGAACUACCUUCAGCGCCGGGUCGAACAACACAUGAACCUGACAACACGCAGAAACAAAACUCCGAAGACGUAUGAUGGCAACUGAAGCCACCUCUGAAAUCAUUGUGACGCCGUCUAUAUUCCCCGAUGAUGAUCUGAACCCCAGUGACACCCCAUGUCAAGAUGUCCUUCCGGAGCAACCUGCCGUAAAUGGAGCUACCGAGAGCAAUAAUAUCAAGCAAGAAGGAGAGCAUGUGGAGUCAAAUAUCAACUCGGCGGAGGUCAGCGUUAGUGGAGGAUCCGACACCGAAGCUUCGAAAGUGGACGUCUCGAAGGGUCAAGUCGACGAGAAGGGACACGUCCGAACCACGUCUACGGUGAAGAAGUUUGCAUCCUUUAAACCUGUAUCCGUCAAUAAGACAUUUCUUGCAGCGAAAGGUACAAGCGCAGCUACACCCGCAAAGGCUGGGGAAAAACGCGCUGCUGGAGCUACAGCAGCUCAGAUCGGCCCAUCUUCUGCCAGCAGUGCGUUGAGACCUCGAUUAGUUGCAAAAACUGGAAGCGGUCUUCGUGACUCUGCACCUCGAGUAGCAACCUCAGCCAGCGGUGGAAAGGCAGGCGCAGCUCCGGAUGCCAGUGCUGUGUGGAACAAGAACAGACCAACACCUCCCGCAGAACCGAAGCGAUUUACGGAUGAGGAAUUGAAGCAGCGUUAUGGAAUCCAUCUUGCAACCAGGCUUCAAUCCGACGAUCCUGGCAAGCAAGCAAAUUGGGCAGACAUUGAUGACGAUGACGAUGACUGGGCUCCAGAGACAAUCGAAUGGACUGAUGGCACCAAGAUCACUCUUCCCCAAGCUGAUGAUACACCCGCAGCAGUUCCUGAACCCACACCAGCGCCUAUUUUGAAGGAGACGGUGGCGUCCGAAGCAGUAAAACCGAAGUCGCCGGCACCAUCAGCUCCGGCGUCAGCCUCACCAGCUAUUAAGCCAAGUGUAUUUGGUUCUGGAAGAGCCGGGCUGGUUCUCAAGGGAGCAAGCGAGAAGCCUACACUUGUUGCGAAGCCCCCCGGACCCCCUACACCUGUCAAAUCCCCAUGGGCGCCAUUGCCUCCCGUUGAUAAAGUGGCACCUGUUGUUUCCGAGUCUCUGCAGCAACCACCUCAGCAAAAUCGAUUCAGUCAGAGAGAUCCACAUGGGUUCAAUGGCAUACUUCCUCCCCCAGCUAAGGAGAUCGCUGCCGAUGACUUCAGUCGAUCAUGGAGGGAAGGCGCGAACACUAGUCGUGAACUCUACAACUCUCAAUCCGGCAGAUAUGAGCCUGUUAAUGAAACUCGCAGAGGAUCCUUGCGUAAUGAUGCGCGCGCACACCAACCUGCGGUACUUCAAAGACCCUCGCAAGAUGGGCAUCCUGAACCAUCUGCAGCAUUUCAAACGCACAGAGCGGGUCAGGACGGUGGUUAUGGUCGCCGCAGAACUUCUUCUAACGUUAGCGGAGGCAGCGGAAACAUCGUCAGACGUAUGAGCAGAGGGCACGAAAUGCCACCGCCACAUGAAAUACUAAACAUUCGCAGAGGUUCUCUUGCAGCUGUUAGCGAUGCACCGUCAUCGCCACGAAACUUUUCACCCUCGGGUCACCAGCAUGGCCAACGUGGUUAUCAGAGCCAGCAGCAGCGGCAAUCACAAUCUCGCGCUUCACCUGUCAUCAGUCAUACAUCUCCUCAAUCAGCACAUGGACAAAUCGUACCACCCAUUGCCGUGACUUCUGAUGGCCAGAACCAGCCUCCUGCUGUACCUUACGAGGAUCCUAUCGAGGAACAAAAGAAGAUUAUGCGCCAGACUCGUGAGCUUGCAAUCAAGAGAAGAAUCGAGGAAGAGGCACGUGAGGACGCCGCGAGGAAGGAGCGGAUUCGUAUCAAGCUGGAAGCCAUGGGCCCUCCCCCUGAAACGAAAAGGAAGAAAGACGCUUCCAAGGAGGAAGUGUCAACACCAACGCACAUUCAAAGCCGAGACGCCACUAUAACCUCUGCACAUGCCAAGGAGCCUGAUCAACAAACCGAAAGUGGCUUGGAGGUAACAAAGAGUACAAAGCCAGAUCAGGAAUUGGUUGUCGUCGCCCCUACAGAGCCCAAAUCCACCGAUACUCGCCCAUCAGACGAGGGUACCCAGGUCAACGGCGCUCAUCCGAGCCGCCCUAUGGUGCAGCAGUCCUCUCAAGACAGUCGUUCCUCGUCGUCUUGGCACAGCAAUGCUGCUUCGACAUCUGAUCGCCUGAAGUCUUGGAGUACUGCCCCUACCCCUCAAUCAUCGUCGAUGAAUGUCUGGGGUCCGCCUACAAGCGAUAGAACACUUGGAAAUGGAACAUUCAACCCAGAGUUGAGCAGGCUACCUGACAUUCACCAAUCAUCGCACCCAGGCCCCAUCGGACCACCACACGCAAAUCGUAGUGGUAACCAAUCUCAGCAAGCCCGUGGCCGAGAGCCAUAUGGAUCGCGGCCAGCUCCAAUCGGACCACCAAAUAGACAGUUGCCGAUGUCACGCCAAGACAUUGCAAACAGAGCAGCAGUAGCUAAUUCUGGCUGGAGUAAUCUACCAGAGAAACUCGCCCAAGAAGAUGCUCUUGGUGCCCAACAGCGCGAACAGGAGCUUGCACGGAGACGCGAAAUGAUCGAGCAGGGUAUCACACCACCUGAGGUCACUGGGCCUGUCAUUAGUGAAACUUGGCGGAAGGUGGGUAUUAACGAAGAUGGUACUCGAGGCAAGGUGCAGGGAAAUAUCACAACCGUCCACGAUCCUUCACAGCCGUGGAAAGGUCAUUCGGAAAUGCCGCAGGAGGAUCCAUCUACACGGAGCAUAUUUGAGGAUCAGGAUGUCGGGCGUCGCCGCCAACUGGAUCCUGUCAGCAAUCAACCACCAUUUGUCGAUGCUUGGAGACCACAGGCAAAUCCAAAUGCCAAUCCAGCUGCUCCGAUUCGCGGCUCUAGGUUCUUCCCUAGCAACCGGGAUGUUCGUCUAGAAGAACAGAUUAGUCAGUUUGAGAGACCAGGUUCUCCAUCUCCACCACCACCCACCAUGGCGGGACAUCCUGCGUACGACGGUGAUAUUGCCCAUCCCCACGUGUCACUUCCGCGUCCUUCUCCGGUAGUCAAGCUUCCACCAGCUCCUGUUCUCGCACCAAUCGGCCCCCCCAAGCCAACAUCGUUUGCCCAAGCUGUGCAGUCACCCGCAGUUCCUUCAGUCUCGCAUCAUUCUGCGUAUCCUCCACGUCAGGAGUAUUCGGCAAGGAGCAACUCUUUAUAUCAAGAUGCGCGCCGACAAGAGCCUGCUUCAACGGCUGGGGGAUGGCAAGACAGAAUCAAUUCGCUGAUUGGUCGCAAGAAUUCGCCCCCGAAAACUCAUGCUCUGGCAGUCGACUCUUCGAGUAAGAACGCCCUUGAAGUUACAAAUCGGCAAUUUGGCGCCACGGUUUCGCUUCCGGCUCUAGGUUUCGGAGAUGCUGUCGCUGAUAACGGGGCUGUUGAGUCUAAACCAGCCGCGGAGGCAUGUUUUGAGGAACAGGAGAUGGGAUCAUUACCUGUCAUCAAAGUUCCCAACUCAGCGCCUUCCCUCGCUUGGGAUCUCGCGCCUUCACAGCCGAAAAACUUACCACGGAAGUUUCAGGUCUCCCAAGUGUCAAGCGUUGAACCACUUCGAUUUCCCCAGCAGAUUGCGAAUAAUAGUGAAACCAUCACCAUCAAGGUUCCGGGACAAAAUGAGUCGAAGGAGGUUUUCAUUCCAGUUCCAGUAGCUCGGCAACGAAGUAACCCAAGACGAGGUAGUUCGCGGGGUGGCACUCCUCGACACACGUCAUCUUCUCAUCCAAGAGGCGGUCGGGGACGGGAAUCAUCCAAUGCAUUUCCAUCUCCAAACCACGACACUCCCCUGGCAACUUCAGGCCCAAACCCUGCAGGACGAGGGGGACGGGCAGCUCGGGGUUAUGGCACUGGCUGGGGUCGACACAGCUCUACGCCAGUUCACACCUAA